ACUUGCCCCCCUCCUGCUCCCGACAACGUCAUAAUUUCCAUCUCUCUCUCUUUAACCCUAAUUUCAAUGCAAGUUUACUUAUAUAAACCUCUCUCUCCCCCUCUCUAUUUCUCAAACACACAAGCAAACUCCAUCUCAUUUCAAGAAUCGAAUCAAAAACUCAAGAAGAAGAAAGUAGAUAUAUAGAAGAAGAAGAAGAGAGUUUUCUUCGUUUGAAACAAGAAGUACAGUGAGAGAAUAUGGCGUAUGAGGAAGUUAUAAAUGGGCUUAACCUUAAAGACACAGAGCUUCGUUUGGGAUUGCCCGGUGGAGAAGAAAAAGAACAAGAUCUAGAGGUUUCUUGCGUCAGAAGAAACAAGCGUCAGUUUCAUCAGACCACCGAUGAACACAACCUAAUAGAAGAAUCUUCUCCUCCUUCCAAAACACAAAUCGUUGGUUGGCCUCCAGUGAGAUCGAAUCGGAAGAACAACAACAAAGGCGUGAGUUAUGUGAAAGUGAGUAUGGAUGGGGCUCCAUAUCUGCGUAAGAUAGAUCUCAAGAUGUACAAAAACUAUCCUGAGCUUCUCAAGGCACUCGAGAACAUGUUCAAGUUCACAAUUGGUGAAUACUCUGAGAGAGAAGGAUACAAAGGAUCUGGAUUUGUACCGACUUAUGAGGAUAAAGAUGGAGAUUGGAUGUUGGUCGGUGAUGUUCCAUGGGACAUGUUCUCGUCGUCUUGUCAAAAGCUCAGAAUCAUGAAAAGAUCUGAAUCUCCUGCCUUAUGAUCCUUGUCAAAACCCUUUUGGUUUUUGGCAAAAAUGCCUCUCAAAGUUUCCUACUUUAUUUAGAAAUCUUUUAGAUCUAAAAAAAGUUUGGUGUAAAAAGAAACAACAAGAAAAAGAAAGAGAAAAUGUAAAAUAGGGAUACACAUACUUUAUAGAUGUAAAAGUAGCUGGUUAAUUUUGUAAGAUCAAUUUUGGAGAAGAACAUUUACAUAUA